AUGAUCUCCUUACGCUACAACAGAAUCAUUAUCCUUUUCAUCCUACUCACUCUUACCUUCACAAACAUUGUCCACGGAAGUCUUUGUAUCAGUCUGCCUCAAAUAAUGACAAGCCGAGGUCAAGCUAAUCCAACCAGAACAAGCAGUUCUCACCUCGGCUCCUUUUUUUCACCCAGCUCGAGUACCACUACUUGGAAAUCUGCAUCCUCAACCUAUACUCAAACUCUGCCUGGCUGCUGCUUUCGGAGCAAUGGGAUUCCAGGAUCAUGUGAGACUCAAUCCACAUGUAAGCCGCAAACAGGAAUUCCAGCAACGUCAACCACAGUACAGACUUCAAACCCUACCAUAUCCGCAACUCCAAAUCAUAGUCCAAGCCCAAGUCAUAGUUCAGGACGGCGGAGCAUGGAGCUGGACACCUCUCUACUGCGGUCUUUGGCUGUGUUGGGAUUGAUUUCGAUGGCCAUGAGUUAUUUGUUUUUCUGA